AUGCGUCUGACUCCUAUUGUGCUCUUUUCCAUUGUCUCGUUGGGUUUUGCCAGGGAUCCCUUUGAUUCUACAAACUCCCCAAACCGUUCGAAGACUGAAGGAAUACAACUUGAUUCGUAUUGUCCUAGCCAUGACGCUGAUGAGGAAUCCCGACGCGAAAUAUUUGCCCGAUUCAUCCAAACGCUGUACGAGGAGAAGAAUGUGUCGGAGGCCUUCACCACAUACGUUGACCCCGGGCUGAUUGAGCAUGAUCCUUUUGAUCAAAGCCGUGAUGAGGUCGUGGCAAGGCUGUCUCAAUUUAUCUCCGUCUCCACUUUUACGGUUGUACACUCAACUUUUGAUGGCGAUAUUGGGUUCGUCCACCUCAGACUAGGAGACGAAGACGCGCAGCCGGUUGCUCUUGCGGACAUAUAUCGUAUGGAUGGGACCUGCAUUGUCGAGCAUUGGGACGUUCUCCAGACCCUCCCGGAGAAUUCCACGAACCCGAAGGCCAUGUUCUGA